UUCAAGGGCGGCCAUUGGAUCUUACUCUAUGCCUUUGUCUGUUCGCUUUGCUUCUACUUCCAAAUUACCCUCAAAAGUUUUUCCGAGUGCGGCAGAAGCAGUGAAGGAUAUCAAAUCGGGAUCAAUCGUUUUAUCUUCAGGCUUUGGUCUUUGUGGUACACCUGACACAUUGAUCAAAGCCAUCAGUGAGAAUAGCAACAUCAAAGACUUGACAUGUGUCAGUAACAACGCAGGAAGUGGUCAACGUGGUUUGGGUAAAUUGUUACACUCAAAGCAGGUCGCAAAGAUGAUUUCUUCUUUCAUUGGAUCGAACAAGUACUUCGAACAAGAAUACCUUGCAGGUCGUGUUGGCCUUCAACUUACACCACAAGGAUCAAUGGUCGAAAAGUGCAGAGCAGGUGCAUUCGGAAUUCCCGCCUUCUAUACUCCAACCGGUUUCGGAACUGCAGUUCAAAAGGGAGAACUAGUAAUCCGAUAUGAAGAACAAGCAGAAGGAAGCAAAUCCGCUCCUGUACCAAAAGAAUACUCUAAACCAAAAGAAGUACGAAACUUUAAAGGAAGAGAUUAUAUUUUGGAAGAAUCAAUUCAAGCUGAUGUUGCAAUCGUACACGUUUGGAAAGCUGAUGAGAUGGGUAAUUGCAUGUUCAGGUAUGCAGCAAGCAACUUUGGUGCAGCAUUUGCAAAGAAUGCACGUAUGACAAUCGUUGAAGCAGAAGAGAUUGUUCCAGUUGGUUCAUUGGAUGCAAACACUAUUCAUUUACCUUCCAUCUUCGUUAACCGAAUCGUCAAAGCAACCGAAGAAAAGGGUAUUGAAGUGAUUACUGUUCAAGAAGACAAAAAAUCAUCCGAAGACAAAUCUGAGAAGUCAGAUGCAAGAACACGUCGUGAACGUAUUUCACAACGUGCCGCACUGGAAGUGAAAGAUGGCGACUACGUCAAUUUGGGUGUUGGUAUGCCAGCUUUGGUACCUUCCUUCUUGCCUGAAGGUGUCAGUGUGAUCAUGCACAGUGAAAAUGGUAUCUUGGGUAUGGGUCCUUAUCCCACAAAGGAUCAAGUUGAUGCAGAUUUGGUCAAUGCAGGAAAGGAAACAGUCACCUUACUUCCCGGAGCAUCAACAUUUGAAUCAUCUGAAUCUUUCGGUAUGAUUCGCGGUGGUCAUGUUGAUGUGACAAUGUUGGGAGCAUUGCAAGUCGGAUCAAAUGGAGAUUUGGCAAACUACAUGAUUCCCGGAAAGGUUAUGAAAGGAAUGGGAGGUGCAAUGGAUUUGGUUUCAUCUCCUGAUCAUACAAAAGUUGUCGUUUUAACUGAUCACGUUGAUAAGAAUGGUAGAAGUAAGAUCGUUCAAGAUUGCAAACUACCUUUGACCGGUGCACGUUGCGUUUCUCGUAUCAUUACCGAUUUGUGUGUCUUUGACGUUGACAGAAUCGGAAAUGAAGGAUUAACUUUGAUCGAAUUGCAACCUGGCGUCACUUUGCAAGAAGUUGAACAAAAGACUGAUGCUAAAUUCAACGUCGGCCCAGGUGUUGAGGCUUGA